GGAGUUUUCCCCCUCCCUCAUCGGCUACACACGGGUUGAAAGGUGAGCGCGCCGUUGUACGAAGACCGCGCUCUUGUCUUCAACCCGGAACAUGGCUGGAGUGAGCCGAGUCGGCUGGCGGUUGUGGCCAAGCCUCGCGGCUCAGAUCGGCCGGUUAGGCCUGAGGAGCAGGUCCACCUACUGUGGAAUUCAAAGCUGGAGACCAGACGGAGCUUUACGUGCCUGGAGUGGGAGGAGGGCGAACGGAGACUGGAGCAAAAGAAGGAGCACCGAGCCGCCGCAGUUUACCGAACUAGACAAGGCGGACGCCUGGAUGCUGAGAAAGGCACAUGAAACAGGUUUCCUGUCAUGGUUUCGAAAUGGUCUUCUUGCAUCAGGAAUCGGAGUAAUUGCAUAUGUGCAAAGUGAUUUAGGCAGAGAAGCAGCCUACAGUUUCUUUAUCCUUGGUGGUAUUUGCAUCUGUUUUGGAGGAGCUUCCUAUGUGGCAAACCUGUUUGCUUUGCGGCGCACUAUGCUUCUUUCUGUGAAAGCGGCACUGCUGAAUAGCCUGGUGGUCUUCACGGCAGCCCUUUUCUGGCUGUGUGCCAUUUCAUUGUACAUUGGUCAACUGGAGAUUGAAACAGCAAGUGAGGAAGAAGAGAGAGAGGGCUGCCAGCACUGUCAGAAUGAAAAGGACUCAAAAGAGAGCAAAGACCAGAAGGAGAAAUAAAUGCUCCACAAAUACAAUGCAGUGCAGUUGUAAGAUGUUAUUUUCUGGUGCAAUACCAUUAUCUGUUGUUUUAACAAUCCAAAAAAAAAAAGGUAAACACAAAAGCAUGUUUUAACAUUUGGAUGGGAGGCUACCUUUUAAUUGAAGAUUUUAAAAAAGAAUGUAUAUACUACUAUAUUUUUUAUCAAGUCCAGUAUUACACCAACUCUCUUUAAUGCUUUGCUACUGCAACUACGACCCCAGGCCAGUUUACUUGUCUUCUGUUUAUUGGGCUAGUUGGUCAGGCGUAAGUGUGGAGGUUUGUUCAAAUCAUGACGUGGAGCUUUUUUUUUUUUCCUGUGUUUCUUGUAUUAUGUAAUUUGUUUUUCCUUUUGUUAAUUAAUUUCCAUUUGAAUGGUGUUUUCUAUUCACAGCAUAUUCUUGCAGUUCAUUCAAAUUUAGGGUCAUGUGGAUGUGUUUUUGUUUUGUUUUUUUGCAGUUUGGACUUUUGCUUAAAGAGAAAAAAAGAAUCCUUUUUCUCUUAAAGUGUACAAUAUAUUUAAUACAUGA